GCUGUCCAAAGAGGGAGUGCCGCAUGCAGCAAGGCUACAAAUAAACAUUGAGCCAAGGCAGCUGCAAGUCAUCAGCACCGCUGGGCUGCACUGGAACACCACAGACGGCACCUCUGCACUUUUAACCUCCUAACUAAAGAACAUUUGCCUCCGUUAAAAAAGCCUCUUUCAUCACCUGACGUCCAAUAUGAGUUUUGUGGCAGAAUGGCUUAUGGAGAACAGCGACAAGAUCGAAAAGGGAGUAGAGAUCCUAGGCCAAGGCUGUGAGAUCCUUGCGGCCACUGUAGGCCAGUUCAAUCCCAUCCUGGAGGCAGUAUUUAAUGUCUCCGCUGAGCUCCUUAGCAACCCAGAGGGCAAAGAGGCUAGGUAUCUUUCUGAGCAGUUUGUGAAGGUCAACCAGAAGCUGGAAAAGAUCCAGGGUGAUAUUAAAAAAACAGAGCUGGCGAUGCAGCGAUCAUCUGUGAACAUCCAGAACUUCAACUUCUACACACAGAUAAUCAACCAGCAUGAAAUGUUUAAAUAUAUUUUCACAGCCAAAACCAAGUUUAAGAAGUUGAAGCGAGAUGAGUUCCUCAUCCACUUUGAGGAAUAUGAGGGAGAAAAGAACCUUGAAUGCUUAUAUGAUGCUAUCAUGAAAGAGAACACCUCUGGACAGACAUUGCUGGACACCAUAGUGGAAACUGAGCAGCGGAGCAGGAGAGCAGUGGAGGAAUUCUGUGCUAGCCUGAAGAAGCUGUUUCUGGUUGGGAUCAUCUCACUGAUGGGCUACACUGCACUACAGGAAGACACUGUGGAUGAGGAAAUGGGGAAGACAUGGCUUGCCCGCAUGGAGGAAGUGGAGAAACGCAUGAAGGCAGCAGUGGAUGAAUGUGUGAACAACUUUGCUGAGCAAGCCAAGACUGAUAUAGAUGAGAUGCUCCUGGAGAAGCAGAGCAGUGUCGACCCUGAGUUUACUAAAUUCCUACUGGAGGCUCUUGUGAAGAAGUAUUACUGGGUCUCCUGGUCAGUCCGGGUGUUUAACGAUGAUGAUAUCAAACUUGUGAAGUUUCUGUUUGGGAAGAAGCGCCAUAUAAAUGGUGGAGUUGACAAUUAUUUUGAACAUUUGAGUGGUAAUAAAAUAAGGGUUGUGGUGUCUUUCACUGCAGACCCUAAACCACUCGACAAGAGCCAGAUAAAGGAUCAAAUAGAGAACGAGAAAGGUGGUGUGGAGUCUGUGGCUGAGUCUCUGAGCAAAUGUUUUCCCAACUGCCUUGUCCAUGCCAUAAGUCGCACUAAGAAAGUGGAGGAAGCCAAUAAUUUUGAGCCUGAGCACCUUUAUUAUAUUUCUCACAAAAAAGCACACAUCUGUAUCCACUCUGAAUAAUGAAAUUCAGAUCAAACUAAACAUAUAGAUGUUCAAUCAGAACCUACACUCUCCAGGCUUCUAUUAAUCAAUGAACUUUUUUUUUUAUCGUUGUUGUUGUUGUUGUUGUUGAUGAUGAUGAUGAUGAUGAUGAUGAUGAUGAUGAUAAAGCACUUAAUUGUGGAAUCCAGACAGAUUUCGACCGAGGUUCAAAGAACAAAUGCUAUAAAGAAGGAAAAAUGGACUGAAAAGAAGUUGAUAUUGUUUUAUUGUUUUGAAUCAUUAUAUUAAUAUUAUUAAUAUAUUAUAUUAUAUUAAUCCUGCACUAUCUUCAAUGCAUUUAAAACCUUUUUCAUUUCUAACAUACCUUCUAAUAUAUAAUCAAUAAAUAAAGCUUCAUAACAUGACAAUAAAAUAAAAAUUUCUUUAACUGCA